AUGACUGAACCCGAAAUUGAUCCCGGCUCUAGCCUGAGCAAAAGCCAUGACCCGCAUAAGCUCCCCUGGUAUGAGCCCGAACUCACAGAGGUCCAGCCCAAGGCUAGGGAAAUUCUCGAAAAUUAUAGCAACAUUCCACCUGAUGAGGUCGUGCAACAUGUUAACAAACUGCGAGAUCGGGCUUUUGCGAUAUUUCCAUACCCCUGCGUCGGCGGAUUCCAGAUCCUCGAGCGUCUCAAGUCUGGAGGGAAAUUACUAGACGUUGGCUGCGCACUGGGCCAAGUGCUGCGCCGCUUGGUCUUCGACGGCGUACCAUCCUCCAAUCUCUACGCCACGGAUCUCCGUGCCGAUUUCUACGAGGCCGGUUUCGACCUCUUCAAGGACCGCUCAACUCUAAAAGCCCAGUUUAUCGAAGCAGACAUCUUCGAUGCAAACUCUGCACUGGCGCAGCAACUCACCGGCAAAAUUGAUAUCGUCAAUGCAAACUCCUUCUUCCAUCUGUUUACCUGGGACCAGCAGGUUACCGCGGUAAAACAGGUUAUUGCGUUGCUACGUCCGCGCCCGGGGUCUUUGGUUGUUGGGCGCCAGGUGGGACGGAAGAAUCCUAUUGACCCGGAUGAUGAGGAGAAUGCAUCGAAGAGGUAUUGUCAUGAUGUUGAGACGUGGAAGAGGCUUUGGAGACAGGUUGAGAGUGAGACGGGGAGUCGGUGGGAGGUUGAGGCUUGGAUGGAGGUGUGGGAGGGGGUGGAAGGGGUUUUUGCAAAGUAUCGUCCUGAUGUGGAGAGUUUCAAGAUGCGGUAUUUCAUAUCGAAAGAAGGCGCAAAGAAUAACGUGGUCGACAUGGCCGAAAAAGUAGAGAAACUCCCCACAGCGACAUCUUCACCCGACAUCUCCAAGGGCGAGUCUGGUUUCGAGUCAACACUUCCUCAACACGGCAAAGUGCAUUACGUCGAUCGCGACCAGAAUGGUAUUCUUCCUUCGUACGGGGAAGAGCUCAUUCCAGGGUACGAUGCCAAUCUUAUGGGUGCGAGGGCCACGUUGAGUAGCGCUGAGGAGAAGAAGCUUCUACGACGGAUUGACUGGCACCUUAUCCCUCUGCUGGCUGUGAUGUAUAUGCUCAAGAGCGUCGAUUUUACAAAUGUCUCUUAUGCCCUAACGAUGGAUAAAGGCACACCUCGCAAUAUCCUGAAGGAGCUUAAGAUGACAUCGAACCAGUAUAAUCUGGUGACUGCCAUGUACUAUAUACCGUAUAUUCUCGCCGAAGCUCCAUCCAACCUUCUCUUGAAAGGUGUGCGACCGUCCGUAUGGCAGUCUCGAAUCAUGGUAUCUUGGGGCAUCGUUCUUUGCUGCCACGCCGCUGUAACAAAUAAGCAAGGGUUAUACGCUGUUCGGUUCUUCCUGGGCCUUUUCGAAGCUGGCCUCUGGCCAGUACUUGUCACUCUUCUGGGAAACUUCAGCUCGGUCAUUAGUGGAGUACUUGCAUUUGCAUUUAACGGUGUUGUCACGGGUGGCUUAUCGGGUUGGAAGUGGUUGAUAUUGACCGAAGGCAUCUUCACGGUCUUUCUCGGAGUUUUUACGUACUUUUUUCUACCCGAUUUUCCGUCGACUGCUUCGUGGCUUUCUGAGAGAGAAAAAGCAUUCAUCCAAGCACGCCUUCCGAGCAACUCUCCACGAGCAGCAGAAGCAAACUUCAACUUGCAGGAGCUGAUUACAACUUUGAAGAAUAAGAGAAUCUGGCUCUUCCUGCUAUGCUGGGCCUUUUUCACAAUCGGCACUACUGGCCUUACGUUCUACCAGCCGACCGUUAUUGCCAAUCUUGGCUUUACUUCAAUUGGCCAAGCACAGCUUCUGAAUAUCCCCUCUGCUGUAUUUGCAGUGAUUUUGACGAUCGCUUUCGGAAUCUUUGCAGACACUGGACGUAUCCCUCAACCAGCAAUUCCACUCUUCUUUAUGAUUGUGAUUGAAGCCUGUUAUGGAGUUCUCUACGCUUUCCCUAGCAAUGGUGGUGUUUACGCAGCCACGAUCAUUGCCGGUGGUUUCUCAACCGCAUGGUACACCAUGAUGUGGCCUUGGCGAGUCCAGACUACAGAGGGCGCGACUGGCUCAGCAUUCGCAAUUGCCUUUGCGAACAGCUACGGUCAAAUCGGAGGAGCAGUUGGGUCUCAACUGUUCAAUUCGCGAUACGCACCGCAUUACACCACUUCGUUUGGAAUCGCCAUGGGAUUUAUUGGAAUGGCCAUAGUCAUGAAUGUUAUAACUUGGGCGUUUACUUGGCGGGUUGAUGUUGAUACAAGAAAGCUGAAGAGGAUCAGGACUGCAGCGGCUAAGCAAAAUCAGGCUGUACUAGAUGAUGUGGAUAUUCAUGCUGGAGAGAAGAAAAGGCCGUGA